CGAUGGUGUUCAGAACCAGGUUGAUCGAAGACGAGCGAAGAUCUUGGAAGAGAAAUGGGGUCGAUCUUCAGUUCCUCGAGCGGCGGCGCGAGCAAGGAAGAGCUCGAGAUCGCCAUGGACAAGGCGAAGGAGAUCGUCUCCUCAACUUCUGUCGUCGUGUUCAGCAAAACUUAUUGUGGCUACUGCAAGAGGGUCAAGCAGCUGUUGACACAGCUCGGGGCAAGUUACAAAGUCAUCGAGCUGGACAAGGAAAGUGAUGGAGCGGUCGUUCAAUCGGCUUUGGCAAAUUGGACAGGGCUGAGAACAGUACCAAACGUGUUCAUUGGGGGAAAUCAUAUCGGUGGUUGCGAUUCGGUCACCGAGAAACACCAGGCAGGUCAACUGAUACCUCUUCUUAGGAGUGCUGGCGCUGUCAACUCGGAAUAAAACGUAGCGCUGGUAGUUCUUUUCUUACCUUAGACCGAGAGAGAGAGAGAGAGAGAGAGAGAGAGAGAGAGACUUGUGUUAUGGAAGUGCAUAAACAGAGGUGUUACUUGUAAAUGAAAACGAUGUUUUCUGACUGGUUGCACAAAUUUGGAGUGUGCUAUGAACUACAUUGUUGGCAGACUUGCUUCCAUAGUAAUUGGGAGACUCUUCUAACAA